UUCUGUGGGACGGAGCCCUACCACGCAGAACUCUGCUUCCUGAAUUGGUUCCGUGCCGAGAAGCUGUCUCCUUAUGAACAUUACGAUGUCACCUGGUUCCUAUCCUGGAGCCCCUGCUCCACCUGUGCAGAGGAGAUAGCCAUUUUCCUGAGCAAUCACAAGAACGUCAGGCUGAGCAUCUUUGUCUCCCGAAUCUACUACUUCUGGAAACCAGCGUUCCGGCAGGGACUUCAGGAGCUGGACCACUUAGGGGUCCAGCUGGACGCCAUGUCCUUUGACGAAUUUAAAUACUGUUGGGAAAACUUCGUGGACAACCAGGGAAUGCCCUUCAGAUGUUGGAAGAAAGUGCAUCGAAAUUAUAAGUUUGUGUUAAGAAAGCUUAACGAAAUCCUCAGGAGGAGAUAGCCACAGGGUCUGAAUUAGCGUGGCCGGUUGAUACGAAGAGCGUGUUCUCUUAGGCUGAAGAAACACAGACUUCUCCCUCCGUUCUCGGAAACUCCCCCUCCCCGACUCCCUAGCUGCAUGAAAACUCCCCGCUUCCGCUGUUUGGGAGAGACGGAUUUGACAGAUCUCGCUCUUCGGUCCCUUCGCUUUGGCCAAGUAGAAUAAAACUCUUCUGCAAGCA